UUGCUCAAGAUGAUGAACUAAAGCGAUUGGUAUCCCUCCAUAGACAGGAGCAAUCGAAUUAUGACGCAAGUGUCAAGUCUUUCAGUUUUGCUUUAUUUCCAGAUGAUACAGUGCUGAAAUGCGCAUCUUGAAAACUAUAGUGUAGAAAACAGUAAUCCUAAUCACUGUGCCAUUUUGUGCCCAGUGAUGUAGGUAGCGCAUUUGAUUUUUUUUUCAUUUCAGCGACUGAACGCGCUUUCCCCAGUCCAAAAUGUUGCGCAACAUGUGCAAGACAGUAGACGGCUUCCUCGUCAACGACUUCCUCCACGACGACAACGUGCGGUCGGCUCUUACCUACAGUGCAAGGCCAGACGAUAUCUUUGUGGUGAGCUACCCUAAGUGUGGGACAACUUGGACGCAGUACAUCGCUUUCUGCGUACUCAACAAGGGCCAGCCACCCGAUGACUACACAGAUUUCAUGCUGCGCUCACCGUUCCUCGAACUCCUCGGCGCUGAGUCGGCACAUCGCAUGCGACGGCCAGGUGCUAUCAAGACGCACUUCCCCUUCGACAGGCAACCGUAUCACCCGCAGAGCAAGUAUAUAUACGUCGCUCGGAAUCCCUACGACUGCUGUGUUUCCUACUUCCACCAUGUCCGCGACUCGCCUGUCUACAACUAUACAGAGGCAACGUUUGACGAGUUUGUCGACGUCUUCGUCGAAGGAAAGGUUAGCUGCGGUGAUUACUUUGACCACCUCAGAUCGUGGUACGAGCACAGGAAUGACGACAACGUACUGCUCAUCACCUAUGAAAAGCUCAAGGAAAACACUGCGGGGGCAGUGUUAGAAAUCGCCGACUUCCUGGAUAACCAGUAUGGAGAAGAGCUGCGCCACGACGCCGCACUUUUCGCUCAAAUCACCGAUAUGGUGAGCGCCACCAGCAUGCGCCGAGCAUUCAGCUCAGGCAUCAAGGCCAUCAUACCGAACCUCCUUAGUCUGCCACCCGAGAGAGCUCUUAAGUCCGUCGAAGUGUACAGGAGCGUAUUGAGCAAGAAGCGCAUGUCGUCCGCCAAGAGUGAAUUCAUUCGAAAGGGCGUUGUCGGCGACUGGAGGAACUAUUUCAAAGAGAAGCACAUCGAAAAGAUGAAAAAUUGGAUUGCAUUUAAAACCCACAGCACUGACGUAAUGAAGCUGUGGGAAAACGCUGGAUUACCGUGACUGGAUUCUUGUGACUAAAAGGAAGUGCACUUUUUGUGGACUAUGUGUAAUUAAAGCAUGCCACUGUAGGCUGACACCCUAUCUAUUGCUAUUAUAAUUAAUGUCCAAAGGGAUCAUAUACUUUUACCAUUCUGCCUCUCCUUUCGAGGAGUCACAAUAUGGCUGUUAACGUAAAGUUUGCAUGUUAAGCUACACCAGCACAAAGUGGCACAUAACUUAGUUUUGUAGCUAUGCAUUGAAAAUUUGCUGAAAAGGAUGGCGUACAAAGCACUGCUGGCACGCGCAAGGAAAUAGGGCUCAUAUCCAAAUUAAGAAAAUCUAGGAAGGCAUGAAGGCAGUUUCAAUCUAGGAAGGCAUGAUCGCAGCUGAAAAGUCUAUGGGCCAACCACUUGUAUUAUACAAGAUACUUGUGUAGAAUAAACAUAACUAUUUCCACUGUUAUUA